AUGAAGUUUUGGGGACCAUGUUCGGUUGGAUUUUAUAUUUGUGCGGCCAUGCUUAUCAAAGGAUCCAUGCAGGGAGAGCACCAGAGGAAGCUGUACAAGGAGCUGCUGGCUAACUACAACCGGCUGGAGAGACCGGUGGUCAAUGACUCCGCCCCCAUCCUGGUGGAGCUGGGCCUCACACUGCUGCAGAUCAUAGACGUGGACGAGAAGAACCAAGUGCUGGUGACCAACGCCUGGCUGCAGCUGUAUUGGACAGACGUCUACCUGAGCUGGAAUCCAGAAAAAUACCCCGGUGUCCAGAACCUGCGCUUCCCUUCAGACCAGGUCUGGACCCCUGACAUCCUCCUUUACAACAGUGCCGAUGAGCGAUUUGAUGCCACCUUCCACACCAACGUACUGGUGAAUGCGUCAGGCUACUGCCAGUACAUCCCCCCUGGCAUCCUUAAGAGCACCUGCUACAUCGACGUGCGUUGGUUCCCCUUCGACGUCCAAAAGUGUGACCUCAAGUUUGGCUCCUGGACACACAAUGGCUGGCUGCUGGACCUCCAGAUGCUGGAUGUGGACACAUCCACAUACAUACCCAACGGGGAGUGGGACCUUGUGGGUGUUCCAGCCAAGCGCAAUGAGCUGUACUAUGAAUGCUGUAAGGAGCCCUACCCUGAUGUGACAUUCACAGUCACUAUGCGCCGCAGGACGUUAUAUUAUGGACUUAACUUGCUCAUCCCAUGUGUGCUGCUCUCUGGCUUGGCCAUGCUGGUCUUCCUGCUACCUGCAGACUCUGGAGAAAAGAUUUCUCUGGGCAUCACUGUGCUCCUUUCGCUAACUGUCUUCAUGCUUCUGGUAGCAGAGAUCAUGCCUGCAACGUCCGACUCUGUUCCUCUCAUCGCCCAGUACUUUGCCAGCACCAUGAUGAUAGUGGGGAUGUCUGUGGUGGUGACAGUUAUAGUCCUGCAGUUCCACCAUCAUGAUCCUCGAGGAGCCAAGAUGCCCAAGUGGGUUCGAGUGGUUCUGCUGAACUGGUGUGCCUGGUUUCUGCGUAUGAAACAACCCGGCGAUGAGCGUAAGCGGGCAGGUUACAAGCACAGUCCCACCUCCCAGCACCACUCCAGCACCAGCUCCAUAGAGAUGGGCACUUUACCAAACCUAAAUAUGCCCCUCUCACAGACAUCUUGCCCACCUUGUCCCACCGGCACCUCCAACGGUUCAAUGAGCCUCUACUUUGGCAAUUACCACUCCAUAGAGAGCCCACAAUGCCCGCCUUCCAGCGACUCUGGGGUAGCACUAGGGGGCCGUGCCCAUGGCUCCCCUGGUGAUGAGGCUGAGUCAUCUGGAGGAGUUGGCAGUGGUGUUGGAGGCCUGGGGAUGGGAGUUGGACCUAGGAUGGGAGUCAGCAUCCCCCCUCCAGAGAUCCAGCGCAUCUUAGAUGAGGUGUCGUACAUAGCCCAGCGCUUUCGGGAACAGGACAAGGCCGAGGUCAUCUGUGGCGAGUGGAAGUUUGCAGCGGCGGUGGUGGACCGGCUGUGUCUGGUGGCUUUUUCUCUCUUCUCCAUCAUUUGCACCUUCACCAUCCUCAUGGCAGCACCCAAUUUCAUAGAGGCUGUUUCCAAGGACUUCACAGCUGGUUGAAGCAGCAGUGGAGAGUGGGAAGACAGCAAAGAUUAGGGUUGAAGAAAAUAUUAAGAAAGAAAGGGGAAGGAUACAAUGAAGGGUGCAGUUUGUGGUCCCAUACCUACAGUCAAGGUACCCCAUUGGAAAGGAGCUGGGGCCAGGCAGU